GGCAGAUAUGUUCGAGCAAUUCGGCUGUGUUACUUGUCAGCCUGCAUAACGUUGUUACCUUCUGCUGUGCAUUCCGGUUAUACUAGCGAUGAGCAAUCCUGCUCAAGAAGGCGGAAAUACCUUGUAUAUGUCUGCGCUGCUAGUGGCCGUUAUUGUCGUAACAGCCGUAGUGAUUGUCCUUCUUCGCGCAAGUACUAAACCCGUUAGACCGCUGCCGCUGCAACUCAACGACCAGGCCGACAUGCUGAAGAAGGAAGUUUGCUCAUCACAAGCUUGCACCGAUGCAUCGAAACGCUUGCUGACGUCAAUGAGCCGCGCAACUUUGCCAUGUCAAAACUUCUACAGGUUCGUGUGCGAGGGCUGGCAGGAGGCCCAUCCUCACCGUCACGACGCCUUCUUGCGUAGUGUCCUAACGGAAGCAGAAUUGGAAGUAAAGAGGAGGUUGAUGUUUGCUUUGGAGACUGCAUCCAUCCCUCGACGAAAUCAGUCACAAAUCGAGAAACUUAUUGCACUUUACCGAUCUUGCUCCUGCAGUCUCAAUCCCGAAGGCGAUAGCGUAAUAUCGAUAACGAGGUUUUUCAAAGACCACUACCAGACUUGGCCACAUCGGCACGUUCCAGACGUCGCGGAGUUCUUGGACUACAUCAUGGAGCUAGACAUUCAAUGGCGUCUCAAUAUCUUCUAUCGAUAUAGGGUGGAACACGAACCAACGGGCCGCCUAACGGUGUCGCUAUUCCCGUAUGCUCCCACAGAUCCAGGACCUGCUUACCGUUCCUUUUACCGCGCUUACCAGUCGCUCGUCUCUAAGGUGGCCACAAUGUUUGGCGGCGACGGGAAUUACGCCGAGGUUGUGGACGCUGUUGUAUCAAUUGAGGCAAAGCUGGCCAGUAUGGCUGUCGAAUCUGGCUACGCUACAGUAUCGUGGUCGGAGAUUUCUGCAAUAUUUCCGGAAACAACUUCACAGACGUGGUUGAAAUCCUUCAAAAAGUACCAUCCGCAAGGAAGGUUCAUUCGAGGUACGGAUAUCGUCUACAUCCACAGCCCACAUUAUAUCAAGACUUUCCUGAGUCUCUUACUGAACCACCUACAAGAUGGCGGCGCGUCUUGGUACGUGAACUUUCGAUUCAUUCUCACUGUGGGUUGCAAAACAUCAUACGAAAUAAGACGCCAUCAAGAAACCUCGACUCUCUGGCCAACAGGAGAUUGCCAAGCCACGGAUGUUCACAACUACUGCAGGAAUGUCGUACAGUUCUUGAUGAAACCACAGUGGAAAGGCCUCAUCACUAAAGUUCUGUUAUCAUCAGAAGCCGUGUUCGACGUCAUGGACAUAACGAAGCGCAUUCGAAACACAUUUGAAGAGAAAGUGCGGCAAGCCUCUUGGAUGGACUCGACGACGCGUAUAAGGGCGUUCUCCAAGCUUGAGUCUUUGAGGGAAAAUCUUCCCAAGUUUUUUGUGUUCGACGGCAAGACACCGGAGUACGAACGAUACUCAAGGUUCCCGGACUUUACUCCCUCUUUCCUCGACAAUUGGCUAGCGUUGAGGCACGCCGUGGGGGAACUGAUAGACAGCGUUACACCCGUCAGCCCUCUUGAUUUCAAUAUUGCCUACGAUAAACUCAACAACGUUCUCAACGUCAGUGUGGACAUGCUGUCGCAGCCCGUAUACUCCUACGGCGUGCCUGCCGCAUUGAAUUAUGCUGGACUGGGUGCCAUCGUGGCUCGAGAAUACACACAUGCUUUCGAUUUUGAAGGAGGCCAGAUGGAUGGAGUUGGAAAAUAUAACCAGUGGUGGUCUAACAACACGAUUGAGAACUACGAACUUCGCUUGGAGUGCUUCGCUGCGAUGCUGCGAAAAUUCAUCCGAGAUGCCAAGGAUAUGGAGCGGGUUCUUCCCAACGUGGCUGCUGAGAGCUCCGCUGUACGCCUAGCAUACUUUACGCUGAAAACAAUUAUGCAGGAGUCUCGUAAAAGUCAGACCCUUCAUGCUAUGGGGUCUCUGUCGAGUUACCAGCUGUUUUUCACUAACUAUUGCUACCUUCAGUGUCAAAACGUUGGCCGCUUUUCAAAUGUGGUCAACCUGAAAUUCGGCAAGAGGUCCAUCGGUGAGAUCACCUGCAACGUUGCCAUGAUGAACAUGGAAGAAUUUUCUGAGGCAUAUGAGUGUUCCAGUCGCAGUAAGAUGAACUGGCCGUUGCGAUGUAGAGUUUGGUGACUGAGAAUUUAGAAAAAGUGAGACUGCAACGUUCUAAAACACUUCGCUCACAACUGCAUAUCUGUUCGCAUCCUAAUAAAUA